AUGGUGUUCGGCCAGCCUUCCCCCUCAGCUGGCGGCGACCCGUCCCUCCUCCGCCCCUCGCUGGCGUUCCAGAUGUCCUUGAACUUCUCUGAGAGGCGGAACUCGACUGGCCCCGCCCCCUUCGCCUCGCCGCCGCUCUGCGGCCUCGAGGGCUCGUCCUCCGGCCGGCCCAACGGGACCUCCGUCUCUUACGACCUGACGUCGGGCGAGGCGGCCGUGCUGGGCCUGGUGUUCUCGGUGCUGUGGUGUGUCUGCCUGGUCAUCCACCGCAGCCGGCGCUCUCAGUCCACCACCAACGACUUUGUGGUGUCCAUGGCGUGUGCAGACCUGCUCAUGAGCCUGGGCUGGGCCCCCUUCGUCCUCCUGCAGGUCGCCUCCGGCCGCUGGCCUAUGAGCGCCGCCGCUUGCAAGGCAGUGCGCUACCUGCAGCACCUCUGCCCAGGUGUGCAGGUCUACGUCCUGCUUUCCAUCUCCGUCGACCGCUUCUCCACCAUCGUCUACCCGCUGAGCUUCAAGGUGUCCAGAGAGAAAGCCAAGAAGAUGAUCGUGGCCUCGUGGCUGUUUGACGCCGCCUUUGUGUCGCCCUGCCUCUUCUUCUACGGCUCCUCGUCUGCGGGCGGCGGGCACUGCGACUUCUUCCUGCCGGACAGCUGGGGCAGUGUCGCCUACGCCGCCGUGCACCUGCUGGUUGGGUUUCUGGGGCCGGUGGCCCUGAUUGUGUCGUUCUACCAGCAGGUGGUCCGCUACAUCUGGAGGAUCAGCGCCGACGGCCACGCGGUGCGCCGGACGAUGAACAUCGUCCCGCGGACGAAAGUCAAGACCAUCAAGAUGUUCCUCAUGCUCAACUCAGUGUUCUUCCUCACCUGGACGCCCUUCUACGUCGCCCAGCUGUGGCACCCGAGGGAGUCCGACGGGCGCAGCCGGCUGCUGUUCUUCACGGCCAUCGCCUGGCUCUCCUUCAGCUCCACGGCGUCCAAGCCCACCAUGUACUCCGUCUACAAUGCCAACUUCAGGAGGGGCAUGAGGGAGACCUUCUGCAUGUCCUCCAUGAAAUGCUACCGCAGUAACGCCUACACCGUCACGGCCAGCUCUCGCGUGGCCAAAAAGAACUACAUCGUGGUGGAGCUCCCCGGCCAGGCCAAGGCCAUCGCCAACGACUUCAAGUUUGAGCGAGAAGCAAAGGACCAGACGGUGGCCUGGACCUCCAGCUCCAACCCGCCCAACACGUUUGUCUGAUGAGACGUUUUCUGCUUCAAAGCUCCUCGGACCAGGAGGAGUUCAGGAGGCUUUUAUGCCUCAGACUUUAAGCAUCAUUCAUUAAGCUAGCUAAGCGUGGCCCACGAAGGUAAUGUAGUGGGUGAAGCUAACGUUAGCCGCACGCUGACGUCACGGAGAGAAGUAGCUUGAUCCUUUCAGUUCCUCCCGAAGUGGGAGGAGCUACAAGUGUUUUCAGGGCUCUGGAAGUAAAACCGUUUCAACGACCACGAGACGUACACUCCCGUUCUUUGACAAAAGGUCAAAGGUACAAGACGCCCUUUGACCUUUUGAACAGUCACAAUCCGGUUCAUGACGGCGUGUCCGUGUGAACUCGUUGGUUAGCGAUCACGACUGAUCUCAAGCUGAUACAAAAUGGCCGUCACUGUGACGACUUCAGAAUGAAAGGCAGUGAAAGGCUUCUGAUGCAGCAGGAGAUCAAGACCACGAUCGCAUGUCAUCAAGAACAACGAGCUCACUUCACUUUCCAUGGAUUCACCUCCAGCUGCUUUCAGGUGAAUCCAGCAGCCACUGGGCUGGAGGAGAAUCCACUUCCUGUCUGCAACGCGACCAUCGACUCUCCAGAUGGUCACCAGUAGAGUCCCAGUAUCACCUGCAGACGGCACUGCCUUAAGGUCCAAUGGCUACAUGUUGACUUUGUGCUUCUGCUGGUUUCAAGUAUUUCAUUUGUUUUUGAAGUUGCGAAGAAACCUUCUGUUUAUGUUUAUGUUGGCGGUUUGGUUCUCAUGGACCUGGUUCAGGUUCUGGUUCAGGUUCUGCCAAAUGUUCAUGUUAGCAUCCAGGACCUCUCGGUUGUUGUUGACGUGUUUUGCUACCUUGAAGACGGACGUUUGUUCUUCAGCUCAUUCCCUUUACAAAUGUUCAUCUUGUUCCGUCAUCAAUAAAUGAAUCCAUAAAGAUUUAUUUUAAACGCA